GUACUACAAAGCAGACACAGACGUACAAAACGAUUACGAGCUUCAAGGUCUUAUAUUUGAGAUUUAUGACGUCAUAAAGAUACCAGGUUUCCCCGUUUUAGUUAAAGAUAAAUAUACGCUUCAAAACAUAUUAACACGUUUGAUGUGGAUGACUAGUGCCCAGCACAGCGCGGUCAACUAUCCGGGAAGUUACUAUGCAGCCUUUACUCCCAACAUGCCUUGCAAGUUAUACGAUGAUUUGCGAGUAACGCCUGGGGAUUUUAAUGUGUUUAAUUUUCCUGGCAUGUACCAUGCUACGAUCCAAGCCACUAUUACGAUGACACUCACAGCCAUGCAUUAUGAUACGUUAUUUGACUACGGUAACGAUUUGGACGACGCUAAAGCACGCUCGUUAUUCGCCAAGUACGCAACACUGCUGAACGGGACUAUCAAGAACCAGUUAGAAGAACAUAAUCGACAGCGAUACAUUAAUGGACACCUAACGUACCCUUACCUAGUCCCAGGAUGGAUUGCCAAUAGUAUCCACAUUUGACUUACCCUACUCCCCCUAAGUUGUACUUUAGACUCCCGCUACACAUUCCUCAGAAUAGUUACAAGGUGUUUAAUGUUUCCAGUAAUCUUCGAUAGCGACAAUUUUGAUCCCUUCUGAUCCUUGCUGAUCUCUGAUUCCUUUGUUGAUCCAGUUUCUUAAGAUAUUGGCAUAAAAAAUCUGAAAAUAAUGAAAAUGUUAUCCCUGACCUCGAAAACAUCCUUAUAACUCAUUACUACCCCUACCCCCUUUCCCUAUCUUUUGUUGCUUUCUGACUUUAUUAGUGUCACUGCCCUUCCCUUACCCUAUCUUUCGCCUUCUGGUUUCCAUUAAUGUCACUCCCCUCCCCCUCCCCCUAUCUCUUGUUUUCUGACUUCAUUAAUGUCAAUACACUUCCCCCUUCCCCUAUCUCUUGCUUUCUGACUUCCAUUAAUGUCACUAAACGUCCCCUCCCCCCUCCCCCCAUCUCUUGAUUUCUGACUUCAUUAAUGUCACUAUACUCCUCCCCCCUUCCCCUAUCUCUUGAUUUCUGAUCUCAUUAAUGUCUAUACUCUUUAUGAAGGUCAUGAUUGACUAUAAUUGAAAAAUGAUGAUUCCAACAUUAAGCAAUAAAGAAAUGAGUAAAAUAGGCAACCGAA